GCCACUCAGCAGCACCCAACCCCCACCAUCGCACGGAAGCAAUCGUCGGAGAACCAAAGAAGAAGAAGAAGAAGAGUAAGGGAGGCCGGAGAGAGAGAGAGCGACGCCUUGAUUUGGGUCUUUGAUUGAGAUGGAGGUCACCCUACCCCGCGAGGAGGAUAACAACGCACCACAGGCGGCCGCUGCAGGAGGAGACCGAGGAGAGAAGGACUUGCGCAUCGAUGUUGCUUCUGUUGAGACGGAGCGGUAGCCACCCACCUCCAUCUCUUUUCCAUCGCCCCACAUCCCCCUCCAAUCGAUCUAGGCGAAGCCUGCUUCUAGAUUCGUUGUUCGUCAUGUCCGCGACGGUGAUUAGCGGGGGAGAAGCUGUAGCCGCGGCGGCGGCGGUGGAGGUAGAGUUCGCGGCAUGCGAUUGCUGCGGGCUCACGGAGGAGUGCACGCCGGCGUACAUCGCGGGUGUCCGGGAGCAGUACGGGGGGCGGUGGAUCUGCGGCCUCUGCGCCGAGGCCGUCCAGGACGAGAUCCGCCGCUCCGAGCUGCUGAUCUCGCCGGAGGAGGCCAUGGUCCGCCAUGCCAGCUUCUGCCGUAGCUUCCGCUCGGCCGACGCCGCGGCGGUGGAUCCAGCGGAGCAGCUGAUUGCCGCCGUCAGGCAGCUCCUCCGUCGGACCCUCGACUCGCCGCGGGCGGCUCGGUCGACCCCGAGCAGCCCCCGAACCGCGGUGACCCGGACCCGGAGCGGCUUCCCUGCGCUGCUAGGGUGAGAACUAUAAGAAUCCGAUCACGCCCAAUUUCCAGUUUCCAUGGAACAAAUCGAUGCUUCAGUCACCAAGAUUGUAAGAAUCGUUCAACGUUAGGCUAUAAAAUUUGCGGAAUUUUGGAAAGACUACAUGUCAUUGGAGUGAAAAACAAUAAUAGAAAAUGGAAGAAUUCCAUUUGUCGAAAUUCUCAAAACAGAGGUUUAGGAGCAAUUUUCUAGUAAUUUGGCAACAAUGAAAUGGAAGGAUAUGAAGGGUUUGUUGUGGUCA